AAGUUUGAUACAGAAAAUCUCUUUUUAAAUUCCAUUACCAUGGAUCAUAGGGUUAAUGACUAUGACAACUAAUUUCUUUCACUUUAAUGCAGGAUUGUGGUUUGUUGAUUCAUCCAGAGGAAUCCUGUGGGUUACAGCCCAUUUCUUCUGACUACAUUGAAGCCAUUUCACACCCUGAACUAAAGAGUUGCCUAUCUGGAGACACAAAAGGCCAGUGGAUUGUGCCUUGCCUUAGUUGUUCAGAUAACAGGACCUGUGACUGGAGAGAAAUAACUUGGCAGCCCCACAAUUGCCAACAUGGUCUCCUAACUAAGCCUCAACUCCAGCAGUGCCUGGAAGAAAGGAAGGUUCUUUUCAUUGGUGACUCAACCAACAGAGGGAUGAUGUACUACCUUAUUGAAAGACUAAAUGACACACUACAAGAAUGGCAGAAGGUGCAUGGCACUAAACUGUAUCCCAACGUCAAUGGUGGGAAGACUUGGAUCAGCUACUCUUACUAUCCCCAGUUUUGGAUAAGCCCAUCACUGAGACCAACAUUUGAGAAAGCACUUGAACAUCUCUUGCAAAGAUCACGUCCUCUAGAGAAUACAGGUCAGACUAUACUGGUUGUUGGUGGUGUUCAGUGGCUUAAUUCCAAUCACCUGGAAAUUAUUCACAAGGUUUUGAAGAGAUUUCUGAUCAUCUCAUUCAGGGAAAAUUUGCUCAAUAUCUUAGUGAUUGUCAAAACUUUGGGAAUUGGAUUUCAUCUGCCAGUAAAUGGAGUACACUUCCUAACACAGAGUGAAGUACAAAACUUAUGGAAAGAAAAUUCAAUUAUUCUGGAUGCUGCAAAAAAAUAUGGCUACGAAGUGGUUGACACAUUCACUAUCACAAUGGGACGACACAAAGAGUUUCUGCAGGGCAACUGUGGAUGUCAUUUCCAUGAGGUAGUGAAAUCAAAGUUAUCCAAAGAAUAUCACUUUAUUAAGAUGAAGAGAUCAAAGAAUCACAUUGUGGGAAAAUAUUUCAGCAAUCAAAACAAACUACAGCAACAACAACAGGACUCUGUAACAAAUUUUCAGUUAUCGUAUCACGUCGCUGGUCCAAUAAAUCAGGUUUGUUCUGAAAUCCUUCUUAGCAGGAUGUGUUCAAACAGAAAGACUAUGUAAAGUUUCCCUGAAGAACUGAGUUGGGAGAAGGAAACAAGCUGCUCACCUGGACAGUGGUCUGGAACCAAGGUGCCUCCUAUGUAUUUUGGAUAGAUUGCAUCCUCUUGGACACCAGUACAAACAUGCACAGCAGUACACACAAAGCUAAAAAAAGAGUAAUAACACUUUUUAGAGCUUUGUAAAGUCAAGAUGUGAAUUUGAACAUCAGUUGGUUUCAGAAUGAAAGCAGAGCUAGAAGGGGAUUCCUUGAAAUAUAGUCAUAACUAGGACCACUGUGAGCCAGGUAUUGUAUUGAGAUAAUAAACAGAAACACAGUCAUUUGAAUCACAUGGCAGAGGGUAGUGCUGUUCAGCAUGUGUUAUCCUCUCUAUAGGUACACUAAUAUUAAAAAGAUGAAGCAUUUACAUUCCACUUGGAAGGAGGGAUUACACUAUGUUCUUUACCAGAAGAAAAUGUGGCAUUUAUGAUGGCUUAGACUUUAUGGGUGUAAUGCUUAUGAAAAACGUUUCUUCUUGCACUUUUAAAUUUGUAUAAUUAUAAAGAAAAUAACAGGAGUGAUCCACGGGGAAUUUGAAGAUUCCAUGAGAAAGAUAAGAAAUGUAUUAUUUUAUAGUUAAAACACCAAUAUAUUUAACUCUGCACUCUUUGUCUUUUUCUUAAGCAUUCCACCCUGUCUUGUCUGUGAACGUGGAUGGGUAACUGCAGUCUAAUUUGAUGAAAUACAUCAUUUAUAGUGAGGAACAAAAUGUAGUUCCUCAUGUAUUAUUUUAUUAUGCUUCUUUCAAAGCAUUACUUAAGAAAACUUUUGUUUGCCAUUAUAGACCUAUGUAAUUUAAGAUUACAAUUCCAUUUUUAUAUAAGUAUUUUGCAAAGGAUUACAUAUUCUCAAAUGCAUAAGCA